UGUUUCCCUGGAAACAGCACUCACUUCCGAUUACUGAAAAUGGUGGGGAAGAUAAAACGUGUUCGCCAGAAGUUGCACCAAGUCGCGGUGCGAGUUGGGGCUUCUGGGGAGGAGAAACCCCCUGUACAGGAUUAUCAGGCUCCCAGUGCAGAUGAGCUGCCAGGAUCAGGGGGCUGGAGCGCGCAGGUGGGGGGAAAGGAUUGGACAUUUUUAUCUUCCAACAUCUUCUCCACUACAAAGAUUGACCCUCAACUUUUAACACAAAAGUUGGAAGUAGACACACAAAGUGUUGUUUCCGCUAAAAAAGAAGUAAAGAUUCUCGUACCAAAAAAGGAAAAGGCUAAGCUAAGAAGACAACAGUGGCUACAGAAAAUUGAAACUCUUGCACUGGCUCAUCAGGCAGAGAAAGCGCAGGCUAAACGAAAAGCCACACCAGUUGUUGGAGAUAUGCGCCCACUUGCAGACGCUCUUCCUGAAUUAUCUGGAUUAGUUACUGUUUGCAAACCCCGAGCCCCCCGGAAACAGCCCAAAGACAAUGUAAAGAAGAAGCCAGAGCCAACUGACUACUGCAAAAUGAGACCUGCCCAGAAACGUCGCAUUGUAGAAGAGGAAGUAGUUCGUGUCCAAGAGCUGAUAAAGGAUCCAUCCUACAAGGCCAACCCUCUAGCAGCAGUAGGGGAACAACUCCGAAAACGUAUGAAACAAGAGCAAGAAGGAACCCCAAGCUAACACGUGUGAGAGUCAUGGUGACAGUUCUAUCCAAAAAAGAUUGCUGGUGUUAUCUUCAACCAAGUUUGGUUUUGAUAUCAAUUGUAGGUUUUGCUUUAUUAAGAUACUAAGCUUGGAAAAAAUGGUCUCAAUAAAAAAAGAGCAUGUUGGACAAUCUAGCAGCCUUACUGUGUGGAAAUUAAAUUGUACAUUUAUGUAAUAAACUUAUCCUGCCUUUAACACUUAAAA